AUAGAAUAAGAAAUGUUAGCAAGACAAAUUGUUUCAAAAAGAAGAUUAGCUUUACAAGUUUAUAGAAAUACAAACAAAACUACCACUACUAGCAGAGGGAUUUCAACUUUAAGCUUCACCAAUAACAAUAAUAACGAAUUUAAAUCAUCAUUACCAAAAUCAUCAUCAUCAUCAUCAUUAUUAAAUUGUAAAAAUACUUUUGAGGUUAAAAGAAAUUAUUCAAGUAAUGGACCAAUCUUAUUUAAUUUAGCUGAUGUUGGUGAAGGUAUUGCUGAAUGUGAAGUUUUAACCUGGUAUGUUAAAGAAGGUGAUUCAAUUAAAGAAUUUGACAAAUUAUGUGAAGUUCAAAGUGAUAAAGCUACAGUUGAAAUUACAUCAAGAUAUGAUGGUAAAGUUACCAAACUUUUCCACAAAAUUGGUGGAAUGGCUAAAGUUGGUUUACCAUUAGUCGAAAUUACACCAGAAGGUGGUGCAUCAGCUCCAUCACCAGCAGCAGCUCCAUCAUCACCAUCAACUACUGCAGCCCCAUCAUCAACACCAUCAUCAUCAUCAUCAUCAAAAACAAUUAGUCAUCACGAAAAUGAAAUUACAAAUAAACAUGGUCAAAAAAUUAAAGUUUUAGCAACACCAUCAGUUCGUCAUUUAGCUAAGGCUAAUUCAAUUGAUCUCAAUAAAGUUCAAGGUACAGGUAAAGAAGGUCGUGUAUUAAAAGAAAAUAUUUUAGAUUUCAUUAAUGGUACCAAUAUUUCACAACCACUUCAUCAAGCUAAACCAGCUGCCCCAGUUGCUGCUCCAACAACCCCAGCUGCAGUUACACCAACAUUAACAUUAUCAUCAGAAAGAGAAAGCAGAGUACCAAUUUCAGGUAUUAAAAAAGUUAUGGUUAAAUCAAUGAAUGCUGCUACUGCAGUUCCACACUUUGGUUUCUCAGAAGAAUAUAUUAUGGAUAAACUUACAGAAUUAAGAAAUCAAAUGAAACCAAUGGCUGAAGCUAGAGGUAUUAAACUCAGUUAUAUGCCAUUCUUGAUUAAAGCAACUUCAUUAGCAUUAUUAAAAUACCCAGUUUUAAAUUCAUCAGUUUCACCAGACGAAUCCCAACUUAUUUAUAAGAAUUAUCACAAUAUCGGUGUAGCAAUGGAUACUCCACAAGGUUUAUUAGUACCAAAUAUUAAAAAUGUUGAAAGCAAAUCAAUUUUCGAAAUUGCACAAGAAUUAAAUAGACUUCAAAAAUCAGGUAUUGCAGGUCAAUUAACACCAAGCGAUAUGUCCGGCGGUACAUUCUCACUUUCAAAUAUUGGUACUAUUGGUGGCACUUAUUGCUCUCCAGUUUUACUUUUACCAGAAGUUUGCAUUGGUGCACUCGGUAAAAUUCAAAAACUCCCAAGAUUCGAUAAACAUGGAAAUGUUAUCCCACAAAGUAUAAUGAUUAUUUCAUGGUCAGGUGAUCACCGUGUUAUUGAUGGUGCCACUAUUGCCAAUUUUUCAAAUGUAUUAAAGGGUUAUAUCGAAAAUCCAAACACUAUGUUAUUUGAUACUCGUUAAAUUUGAUUAUUAAAUAAAUAUUUAAUUUUUUUUUUUUAAAAAAAAUUUUUUAAAUAAAUAAGUAUAAAUAAAUAAAAAUUAAUAAAUCUAUCAAUUUUAACCAGUUU